UUGUUCCGCCCAUUAUUUUUCACCAUUUUUAAUGCAAUUUCUCUUUUUUCUUUGCUUUUUAAUGAGUAUCUCUUUUAUUUAUACUCUCUCACACACUCUACAGUGUCUUGCCCCAACAAUUCUUUUCUCUCUCUUCGCCAAUCCCCUCAUUUUAGUUAAUUUAUUUUUUCCUUCAUUGCCUUUUCUUCUUUUAAAAAAUUUGAGCACACAAACAGCACACAGACUACUACUAACCCUUUAUUCAUCAAAUAUCCUUCUUUCGCCCAAUUCAGUCAGUAUAACAGCAGCAGCAAAACUACCAAAGGCAACAGCAGUCAGUCUCCGAAGCACGUCCUCAUACUCUCCUUCUCCCUUUAUACUUUUUUAA